CAGCUGCGGCCUCGGCGGCUCCGGACCGAGCUAGACCCGGGACAAGGAGGGGCUGAGCCGCGGGGGAUCCUGGAAUCGGCGGGGAGGUGGGGAUUCUGGGAGGAAAACUCCAUUUCCUCCUUCCCCGCCGGCCUCUCCCCUCCACCCCGGCACCCCAAAUUUCCAUGUGUCGUCUCCCGGGCGCAGACCGCCGGUGUUAAGCGAGGCGGCGGCAGCGGCUGGGAAAAUGCUGGGCAUGUACGUGCCGGACAGGUUCUCCCUGAAGUCCUCCCGGGUUCAGGACGGGAUGGGGCUCUACACGGCCCGCAGAGUAAGAAAGGGUGAAAAGUUUGGACCGUUUGCUGGAGAGAAGAGAAUGCCCGAAGACUUGGACGAAAAUAUGGAUUACAGGUUGAUGUGGGAGGUUCGUGGGAGUAAGGGAGAAGUUCUGUACAUAUUGGAUGCUACCAACCCACGGCACUCCAACUGGCUUCGCUUUGUCCAUGAGGCACCAUCUCAGGAGCAGAAGAACUUGGCUGCCAUUCAGGAAGGAGAAAACAUUUUCUAUUUGGCAAUUGAAGAUAUAGAAACAGAUACAGAGCUUCUGAUUGGCUACCUGGAUAGUGACAUGGAGGCCGAUGAAGAAGAACAGCAAAUUAUGACAAUGAUCAAAGAAGAGGAAGGUAAAAAUUCUAAAGGACAAUCAACAGCUGGCAGAAAAGGUCGCUUUGGCUGUAAAGAGGACUAUGCCUGUCCCCAGUGUGAAUCGAGUUUUACCAGCGAGGAAAUUCUUGCUGAGCAUCUUCAGACAUUGCACCAGAAACCCACAGAGGAGAAAGAAUUUAAGUGCAAGAGCUGUGGGAAGAAAUUCCCAGUUAAACAGGCUUUGCAAAGACAUGUUCUUCAGUGCUCAGCGAAAAGCAGUCUGAAGGAUUCUUCACGAAGUUUUCAGUGCUCUGUUUGCAAUUCUUCCUUCAGUUCAGCGUCAAGUUUUGAGCAGCACCAGGAGACUUGCCGGGGAGAUGCCAGGUUUGUGUGUAAGGCUGACAGCUGUGGAAAGAGACUGAAGAGCAAGGAUGCCCUGAGAAGACACCAGGAAAACAUCCACGCCGGGGAUCCUAAGAAAAAACUCAUAUGUUCAGUGUGCAAUAAAAAGUGUUCUUCAGCGUCAAGCCUGCAGGAACAUAGGAAGAUUCAUGAGGUAUUUGAUUGUCAAGAAUGUAUGAAGAAAUUCAUUUCAGCUAAUCAGCUAAAACGUCAUAUGAUCACCCACUCAGAAAAACGACCCUAUAAUUGUGAGAUUUGUAAUAAAUCUUUCAAGAGGCUCGAUCAAGUGGGUGCUCACAAAGUAAUACACAGUGAAGAUAAACCUUACAAAUGCAAGCUUUGUGGAAAGGGAUUUGCCCACAGAAAUGUUUACAAGAAUCACAAGAAGACCCACUCUGAAGAGAGGCCUUUCCAAUGUGAGGAAUGUAAAGCUUUGUUCCGGACCCCAUUUUCUUUGCAGAGACACCUGCUUAUACAUAACAGUGAGAGGACUUUCAAGUGUCAUCACUGUGAUGCUACCUUUAAAAGGAAGGACACCUUAAAUGUUCAUGUCCAGGUGGUUCAUGAAAGACACAAGAAGUACAGAUGUGAGCUGUGUAAUAAGGCAUUUGUUACACCUUCAGUGCUUAGAAGUCAUAAGAAAACACAUACAGGAGAAAAGGAGAAAAUCUGCCCAUAUUGUGGCCAGAAGUUUGCCAGCAGUGGUACACUGAGAGUUCAUAUCCGUAGCCACACAGGUGAGCGUCCCUAUCAAUGCCCUUACUGUGAAAAAGGAUUCAGUAAAAAUGACGGGCUGAAGAUGCACAUUCGUACUCACACCAGGGAGAAACCAUACAAGUGCUCAGACUGCAGCAAGGCCUUCAGCCAGAAGCGAGGCCUGGAUGAGCACAAGAGGACGCACACCGGAGAAAAGCCUUUUCAGUGUGAUGUUUGUGACUUGGCUUUUAGCCUGAAGAAAAUGCUGAUCCGACACAAGAUGACUCAUAAUCCUAAUCGUCCACUGGCAGAAUGCCAGUUUUGCCAUAAGAAGUUUACAAGGAAUGACUACCUCAAAGUGCACAUGGACAAUAUCCACGGAGAGGCUGACAGCUAAUGGUAGCUGUAAAGGAAUUAAGCCAUUCAGAAGGGCUCCUAAUACGAAACCCAGAUUUCUCUCAGCUGAUUAGCAUAGCAGAAGUAGCGAAAAGUAAUUCACUGGUCUCAUAGUUCUUAUUUGCCUACCUUUAGAGUCUGUAGAUACAUAUGCAAAAAAAAAAAAAUCCUACUUCUGUCAAGAAGUGGUACAAAUGGAAAAAAAUAACUUUGUAGCCUCCCAAAAUACUACUUGUGUUGUGUCUUAUAAAAGUGGAAAAAGGAGCCAUGGCUCUGCUUGGCCAUCUCUCUAUAGUGAAGUUUAUUAACAUGCUCCGUAUUAGGCAUUUUUUAUUUUAUUGUUAUCCUUGUGUGUGUGUGUGUGUGUGUGUGUGUGUGUGCAUUUGUGAUGCUGGUUAUUGCAACUGGUUAUUACUAGUUUAGCCAGAAAGAGAUUAAGAUUUCCAAGAUAUUUCACUGCAGAUAAAGGAUAAGGGGCAAGAGUUUGCAAAGUCUCAAGCAUGAUAACGGGAUGAAACUUGCUAAAACAGGCCAAAAGUUGAUCUUAGUUAAUAAAUAGCUCCUUAUAACAGAUCAGUUUAAAAUAAAGAGGUAUUUAAGGACUGAAACAUUGAUUGAAAUGUUGUGCAUUUUAGACAAUUCUCAGGAAACAUUAUUUCCUCUCAUCAGUCAUAUGCUGACAUUCAUGGUCUAGAUAAGAUCAACACAAAAAAUGACCAUAACACUUAAAUAUUUAUCAGGCUGAUCCUCCUGAAUUUAUACUAGCGAGCUUUAGAAAUUAACAAUAUAUAAAUAUAUAUAACGAAAAAUGGAAACAAAAUAGGUUCUCAUUAUCUGUUGACUGACAGGGUAACAGGACAGUAGGUGUAUUACAAUAUUAGUCAUGAUACACCUGGACCUUUACCCUCUCAUUUCAUCAAAGUGCGCAGAACAUAUUAGUGCAGACAUAACAGAGUCCUCAGAGCAUUAACAUUCUGUUUCACAAAAGACAUUUUUCAGAAUCUUGGCAGUAGAUGAUUCUGAAACACUUCUGAAUUACUCUCAAUCCUAUAUAAUUAGGAAUCCAGAAUAAAAAACAUAAACCUGGCAAUUGUUAUGAUUGAAAUUAUCACUGAUGCUUAAGGGGAAUUGAAGCAAGAAGCAUAAUUUCUUCCUUUAGGUUAUAUUUCAAUUAAAUACUUGAGAGCAACAUACAAUGAACAGCUUGUUUUGGGAGAAGAGAAGAUAAAAUGUAAUAGUGUUGUCAAAGCAGUGUAGAAGAAUCCAAAAACCAGAAAAAAAUUAAAAUGAAGCCCAAUUCAUGAACUUUCCUAUUUGGAGACCAUUCAGAAGAGAGAGGAAGUAUAAUUUUAAGGAAGUUUUUUAGUUUUACUGAUUUCUGGAGAAAGGUUACCUGAAGACAGUUCUUUGAAGUCAGGAAUCUUGUUUUAGAAUUAUAUUUAUGCUCAGUUGCAGUUUUAAAAAGAAACAUAAAGAUUCGUUAUAGAUGUUUUAAACUCUGUGAAAAUACUAAAUUUGAGACUCGCCAGAGACAAUUUUAAAAGAUAUAAAUGCCCAGAUGAUAAUUUAGAAGAUAUCUAAUAAGUAUGGCUAUAUGUAGCAUCUGUUCUGAAAUCAUAGACUGUAUUUUAUACACAUAGAUUUUGGUCUUGUUUCUUCUCACUGUGUCAUUUGUUUCAGUAGUAUAUUUUUAGAUCUAAAGUGUUUUCAAUUUAACAUGACAGUGUGCUUAAUAUCAUUUGAAUAUAAAAGGACAGCUGUAAAAUUUAGUAGUGUGUAUUAUUUAAACACGAUCUGCUCAUUGCUUUGGAUGCCGCCUUCUCUGUAUGGGAUGCUUCAUAGCCCGAUUAUGUGAUGAAUGUGAAACUUGAAAGGAAGCCAAAUACCAAUUUUGUAUAAUCUCAGUGACUCACAAUUUACAGGGCUGCUGAGGAAAUUACCCUCAAAACCAUGUCAUGUCCAUGCUGCGGAGUGAUCUGAUGACGAUGAGGUGCUGGACCUGAUCAGGCUCAAGGUUUGUAGUCAAGCGAAACUUUAGAAAAUGGUGUGGAGAGACCUACUGGUACAUCACCCUUUCUUUUGAAAGCACUGAAACCAAAACAGGUCCUUAAAAGACUCUUUGCGUGCUGUCACCUUUUAUCCAAAAGAUGAUUGAUUAUUUAUAAGCAUUUCAGAUAUAUUAGUAUUUGUAUCCUGGAAGUAUUAAAUCACUUAGCAAUAACAAAAAGAUAAGAAGUGAUUUGGUUUAAUUGAGAAAUUAAGAGCAUGAAUGAGACAAUCAUAGAGGGAAAGACUUAGAGGCAAGCUGGAGUGCAGGUACUCACUUGGAAGUAUCUUUCUCUUCUUUUCUGCUGUAGAAGGUUAUGGCUCCUGUACUAUCCUGGGAAAAGGCCAAACUCUUACCCUGAAGUCAGGCCUAAGUAAUUUUGAAAGGUAUUCAAUAAUACAGGUAGGUUCAGAUAUGCUUUUAUAUCUUUGUAUAUUAACAUUCAAGAUAUUUGUAUAUCUAGAAUUUCUUUUUGCUUUACAAUCACUGGCUUCUAUUAUUUUUUUUUCCAUUCCCUUUUUUUUUUUUUUUUUUUUUGGUCAGG